AUGCUAGUACCACCUCACACAUUUACGGUAAUGAACAUCGAACAACAAAUUCGACAAGUUUUAAACUCAAUCAAUCCUAAUGACUUGAAGUUAUCAUCAUCAAGAGAUAGUGACUUUAGCCCAUCAUUAAUGACUGACAUCCAGCACGGACGAGUUUACAUGAAUAUCCUACGUACAUUAAACAAUCAACGUGAAUCUAAAUUUAUCACAUUAACAUGUAAUGUUGAUGGUGUCGCACCUUAUAGUUACAGCGAACAACAUAUGUGGACCUUCACAGCUUGUAUUAAUGAGAUAAAACGUACACUACGUUUCAGUAUUGAAAAUAUUAUUGGUAAAACGCCUAUUCGAAAAUUUUAG